UCUCAAAGUACCUUGACAAGAACAAUGAAGACUCAAUCACUGAUUAUUUUGGCAUUAGCUGUUGUUGUACAUUCAGCCCAAACUGAUGAAUCAAAAAAAAAAGAUAAACGUGGUGUUUCUUUCUUUGGAUCACCUGGAGGAUUUGAUAUAUUUGGUGUUGUUCCAUCUUAUAGUAGUGCUUGGGCACCUGGACCUUUUGGUCCUUCAGGCUGGUCUGGGUCAUUUAAUGCUGAUCUUGCUUUGGGUCAAAUCCAAAGUCAGGCAACUCAUGACAUAGCCCAACAAGCUUUGAGAGAUCCAUUUCCAGGAACUCCAAGUAUUGCAUAUACCCCGGAAGUAUUACGAGCUGUGCAACAAGCAAAAGAAGCAAAUAAUAAUGUUCUUAUUGCUCAACAUCGUGUUUCCGAGGUAAAACAAGCUGCAAUAAUUCAACAAAAAAUAGCUUUGGCAAGAGAAGCUGCUGCGCGAGAAGCAACAAAAAGAUGUGAAGAAAUAUUAGCCCACGCACAAGCUGAAGCUCGUGCAAGUGCUCAACAACUUGUAUCACUUCAACAACGUCUUGCAACAUUAAAAGACACUGUUGCAGCUGCACAAAGAGUUGCUGCUGCACGUGAAACAGCUGCUGCAGCUGCUAUACAAAAAAAUGCAUCUGAAACUGCAGCAGAACUUCGUAAACAAGAUGCUGAUAAACAAAUUCAUCAAUCAGAAAAAGAAGCCAAGGCUCGUGAUAUCGUUGCAGCUAAAGAAAAUGCUAUUGCAAAUGCUGUUCAACAACAACAACAACAUAUUUCAAAAGCAGCUUAUCAUCCAUGGGGAUGAUUAAAUAUUUUUUCAAACAAAAAAAAAUAAUAAUACAAUAAAACAUUUAACUCUUCAU